AAAUCACGCACAUUUAACCACACUUUAACCAUUUGAAGCUUUUAAAAGCCUGCCGUUAUUUUCCUGAUCCGUUUCAUGGAGUUUUUUUCUUUAAUUCAACGGGAUCUACUUUCUGCACAAAGUACGCCUCAAUGUUCGCGGAGAUCGCUGGGGGCGGGGCUUGUAUUUUCCGAAAACAAGAGCAGCCGGCGCCAUCUUAGAGAGCAUUAUCACGGUGACUAAGCAAGCAGGUUUGCCCCAAAGAAGAGCAGAUUUCGAACGAGCUUUUAAAACAACACGUUUGCUAUUGUUUCCAGUGGCUUUUAGACCAUGUCUGACAAGAGGGAGGUUAGGUGCCCGAUGUGUAAUUGCGCAUACUUGAACGUUGCCCGGCACCUGAAGGCGGCUCACAGAUGUGUCAAUUUAAAAGAGAGGUCCAUCUUGGUGAAGUGGGCAACGGGACAUGUCAAUAUUCGUUCCUGCCCGUGUCCUGUGCAGGGCUGUAAGUACAGCCCUGGUCACCACCUGGAUAGACACAUUAAAAACACACACAGUGAGCUGUCUCAGACCCACAAAGAGGAGAUGCUGGCCCGUGCCAGGACGGUCCAGGCAAGGCUCCUGCUGGGGGAGCUGCGCGCGUCAAUGAGCACUCCAGCCAUGGUCUCAGACUUUGACAAGAGGGAGCUGGAAGACCUGUACGCGCCGGCUGGCCAGGUGGCGGUGCAGCAGCAGCCUAGUUCCACUCCAGACCCGGUGUGCUGCAGUGCUCCCUGCGCAGAACAUUUGAAAAGCUACAAAUCUGAGCUGGACACCAUGGCGAAGAUCAGGGUGGACCUGGAGUCUAGGUUGGAGCAGCAGCAGCAGACGAUAACCACUUUAAAAAGAUUGGUGGCCAGUCUUAGGAGGCAGCACGCUCCCACUGCUCAAAAGGUUAAGAGAAACAGGACUGAGGCGGCAUCCACCAGCGGCCAAUUGGAGCCGCAUUCCGGUGCAGAAUCACAGGUCACUGAAGAGCAGGAGACCACCACCUCAGCUGCACCAUCCAACCUCCCCACCCCGAAGGAGGUGAUCCAGAUCCCUGGAGCGAGAGAGCAGAUUGUGUUGCCAACUCAUGCGAUAGGAGCAGAGGAGGAAAAAGAGACUGCGGGCCCAGCAUCCUUCUCUUGGUCAGCUGGAACAGGAAAGGGCAACUUGAUGAGGCGCAUAAUCCUUCCAGAAUCUAUGGAGUUAUACCUGAAGCGUUUUCGGGACUUCCACACCAGCACCCAGGCCACCCCGAAAAUGAUUGAGGCUGCUAAAUCACGGGUGAGCCGCGUGAAGGCCUUCCUUCACUACAUGUCGCAGGGCCAACACAAAAUCAGCGACUGGACCUUCCUCCACAAUGUGGAAAGGAUCAAUAAAUGGGUGUCCGAGAUGGGGCAGAGCGGGAAGGAAAUUACCACUUUGCGCUUUUACAUUCACCACGCAUUUCAAUUCAUGGAGUACAUGGUGAAUUGCCGCCCCCAGCAAUGCCGCCUGACCCGGGAUCAGACGAAGGAGAUCCUUCUGUAUUUGGAAAAGGCCCGCAAGGACACCGGCAGGCCUAUCAUGGUACACCAGAGCAGAGUGAAGCGGGCAAAAAUGGCCAGGAUCCCCGAAUUAGCCACCAUCCUCAAGUGCCUCCAGAUGGCUCCUGAGAGGGUGGAGAAGCUGCUGGACGAGGUGGAGGUGGACAUCUCCCGCACGGCUGCCCGCUACGUCCUCUACGGAUACAUGUGUGCGUACUGGGCGUGCAUGACCGGCCACCGUCCCAGUGUUUUUACCAAUAUGAGGGAGUCCGACAUAGCCACGGCCGAGCUGGAGGGAUCUGAGGAGGGGGUCCAGAUCCGUGUUGCAGAGCACAAGACCACGCUGCAGUUCGGGGAGGCCAGUCUGGUGCUGACAAGGGCAGAGUUCUCUUGGAUUAAACGGCUGCAUAGCGUCAAGGAGAGAGUGGACUCCAGUAAUCCCUAUGUGCUCUUCACGCUGGGUCAGCAGCCGUUUAAACACAUAAAUCGGUACCUGAGGCUGGCGUGGAAGAAGAUGGACCUGAAAGGGGACAUCAACUUUACGUUGAUCAGGACCGCCCUGGCAGACUGCGCCAAAGCCAAUCUGCCGGCUGCCACGCGGGCGCAGGUGAGCACGUCCAUGUGCCACGACACCAGGACGGCUGACCGCUUCUACACCCAAAACCUCACCCUGAAACAGGGGCUCCAGCUUAGGCAAGUAAUGACUGGCAUGCUGCAGUCACCGGGGGCGAGGGGAUCUACUCAGGACACACAGAGAGCCCCAUCAAAAGGCAAAGCCCCAGCGAAAGGCAAAGCCCCAGCGAAAGGCAAAGCCCCAGCGAAAGGCAAAGCCCCAUCAAAAGGCAAAGCCCCAGCAAAAGCAGGGGUCAAAGCAUCGGCCGAGGAGAGGAGCAGCAGCGAUGACUCUGAGUCGGAGGAUGAGACGCCCGUCCCUUAUCAGGAGUCUGGGGACUCCUCCUCCUCCUCCUCCUCCUCCUCUCUAGACUCUGCAGAGAAGGCCCAGAGACAGCUGAGUGUGAAGCGUUUGUCACCCAGCAAGAGGCAGCCGGCCUCUUACACGAGGAGCUCAUCAAUAACAGUGAAAAUAAAUCCGCUGAAGAGAGCAACAGUGAGGCUCCUGCGUUCAAAGCUGGCGUCUGAUAGGGUCAAGCGGGCCCUCAAAAUAUAGUUUGUAUUUAAGGUAGUGUAGUGUUUGUUUGGCAUUGUUUGAGAAUGUUUGGUUUUUUACUUGUUCUGUGUGCUGUUUUUAACCAGUUCUAUUAAAAUGUUGACAUUGUUUUUUACUAUUCAA